AUGCGACGAGCUCAAUUUCUUUUCUCUUUUUAUGAUUCUGCGCCUGGCCUAGCUAUAUUCUAUACUUCCUUCGAUCUGGCACUCAAAUUUCCUAAAACCGCCCAUUCACACACAAGGUACAGUAUUGAGCCUUUUACGUUAAUUAAGGCCUUUUCAAUACUUAAUAAUGCGUUUACAAGACGUUUCAGCCCAGGUGACAUACGUCACGCUUGUCUGGCGUUCUACAUUAUUUAUAAUACAAAAAACAAAUUUAUAAAUACCCUCGGCGCACUCGUCUCUGAGGCUUAUCUUUCCGUACGCGCAACGAUGACAACCGGAGCGAUGCAGUCGCAAAAUUAUUCCUACUUCGGCAGUAACUUACCGGGAAAAGACACGGGCUCUCAUGCUCAACAGUUAGAUUUUCCUUACACUCCCUGCCGAAUGCAGUCACCAAAUUAUUAUAAUCAAUCGCCGCUACCGAGUUUUAUGUCACCCAUGCCUCAGGGAAGCCUCGGUCAAGUGAAUGGAUAUACCGCGGAGCCAUCCACGUACCCGAACGCACCGAUUUCAGGGCAAAAUGGGAGCACAAUUCCGAUUGAUCAUCAAGGUUACUACUCGCCUCAAGAAGCAGGUCAGAACUGCUCCUUCCACCAAUACGCUUGGUUGAAAAGCACUUCUUCUGCGGAAAAUUGGUGGCAUAACUCGACUGCGGCAGGUUAGUACAUCAAAACUUCCUCUUACGAGGUAGACACGCUCGUUCGUCCGCUCGCACAAGCCAUACUAGUUCUCUUCGCUAUAGUUAUAACGCUGCGUUGAGUUCUGACUCUGUGAAAUGUUUAUCACAUAACAAACAACUUAUGCGGUUUACAAGCAUUAAUUUGGCAUUAGUUUGACUAAUUGUUGAAAAUUUGUCCUCGAACGACGCACUGUGACCGCACGGACCAUAUUUACAGGCUCCUAACGCCAUGAUAUUUAACUGCUGACGAUACUUGACGCGCCAUAAAACUGUACUUAAUAAGCGAUCGCCAUUAGUCAGCAUUUAACUGUGAUUUAACGUGAAGAUUGUGUACAAUUUUCGUGAAGGCUUGUAUGGUAGUUUCUUAGUAAGUUUUUUUAAUUCUUUACGGUUUGUUGUUUUCUUACAGGAAACGUUGCUUGGAACAGUAGAGGAGCUUCCGAGGGAAAACGCAAAAGGACAGCUUACACUCGAAAGCAGUUGCUGGAACUAGAGAAAGAAUUCCAUUUUAACCAUUUUCUUACCAAGGAGAGGAGAGCUGAAAUGGCUUCUCAAUUAAACCUCACUGAAAGGCAAGUCAAAAUUUGGUUUCAAAACCGGCGCAUGAAAUGGAAAAAAUGCAACUCUCAAGCAAUGAGUAAAAGCUCAAAACCUGGCACGGGUUCUCAAAAUACAAGCGCGGCUACAGUUCAAGACCUUCACAUUCCUAACCCAGUAUCACAGCCCUUGAGUACAACAUCCAUAAACUCACAAACAUCCUUGGACAACGCUACUGUUCCAAGCUGUUUGGCAGGCUAUCGAGGCCACCAGAGUUGAGAACUUAGCCAUGCGCGUUCAGCAAUUCGUUUAUAAUUUACGACUGAAAUCCUUCUCAGUCAACAUUCGUCCGAUCGCAUUCUUAUUUAACAUUUUAAAGAAACAUUUCUAACGUAAGGAUAAAGAGAAUUUUUUUCUUGGUCAUAAAAGAGAGAUUUUAUUAAAGAUGCAGUUAUGAUAAGUUGAUUUUCAAUAAUGUAUUUAGCAAGAAAUGAAUGAAUAUUCAGUGUAUAAAGCUGACUAGUCUCUCAUUAGCAAGUUAGUUCGGAAGUGAAUCGUUGCUCUCUUUUGAAGGCGACGCUGGGUCACGAAACAUAGACCACGUUCCGCUGUACAUACAAACAAAAAUUAUAAAACGAAAGGAGCUGUAAAUAUCAUGUCCGCUAAACUGUAUUUCCAUAACGCACUCACAAUUUGGAAAUAAUGUUUUCAAAACUUCGAAGAGACUUUUAUUUAUGCCAGAAAUAUUUCAGCGGACAAGAACCCACGAGUUGAAGUAAGCGCCGUUAUUUACAUCAGAUAGGUUUCAAAUUGCUUUAAAAGACCAAUACUUGUAUUUAAUUUCUUAACGUUACACAUUUCUGCUAAGUUUGUGUCGUUCGAAACAAUCCCUCUAUUUGUGUAUGUUGUGUAAAGACUCAAUAAAAUUUUCUCUGUCAAUAUUUGUCGAGCAAUUAGAGUUGAGACAACAAGAACC